AUGCACUUUGAUCCCCCCUAUCCAGGUGGCAUCUCUGAGGGGAGCUGCAGGCCCUGCCCAGCUGGCUUCUUCUGCCCCAGCCUGGGUCUCAGCUCUCUUACCGGUUCCUGUGUGACCCUCUCCAAAUGCCCCUCGGACCCCAGGGCCUCCAGCCCCACAGCUCUCCCUUGUCCUCAGGGUCACUUUUGCCAACCAGGGGCUGCUCGGCCUGCCCCAUGCCACCGAGGGGAGUACCAGCCCUCCCUGGGCUCAGACACCUGCCUCCUGUGUCCACCUGGUUUUUACUGCCCGCACGCCGGCACUGGAGUGCCCAGGCUUUGCCCAGCACAUGCCUACUGCCCAGCCGGAACGUGGUCCCCUCGUCUGUGUCCCCCAGGAACCUUCACUCCCCAGGAUGCAUCAGGCCUCCAGGAAGAGGGUGACUGCUCCGUCUGUCCCCCCGGUCACUACUGCAGAGGUGGACAGGUGUGGGGAAAAUGUCCUGCUGGUUAUUUCUGCCCACCUGGGACCUCUGAACUGACGACACCAGGUCCCAAGGAGUCCCAGACACUUUGUCUCCAGGGACAGCUGUGUGCCCAGCAGUGCCCACCAGGUUUUUACUGCCCAGAGGGCAGUGGAGGACCCACCCUGUGCCCGCUUAACACCGUGACAGCUGCCCCCGGAGCCAAGCAGCAAGAGGACUGUAGGCCUUGCCCCCCGGGGCGCUGGUGCAAAGCCGGAGACCCGGCCACCCACCCCUGCCCUGCAGGCCACUACUGCCCUGGAGGGAGUGAGACCCACCCAGGAACCCCCCAGGCCUGCCCUGAGCACACAUACCUGGCAGCAGAAGGAGGCCAGAGUCAGGCAGAAUGCCUCCCCUGCCCUGCCGGGUACCACUGCUCAUCCCCAGGUCUCUCUUCCUUCGAAGGCCAUCCCUGUCCUCCAGGCCACUGGUGUCCAGGUGAUCAGGGUGCCUUUCUCUGCCCACCUGGAACCUUUCGGACAGAGCCAGGGGCAUCAUUAUGGGAAGACUGUGAGCUCUGUCCCCCUGGCUACUACUGCCCCGAGGCUCAGCUGAGGGGCCAGGCAACCGUGUUUCCAAUCGCCUGCAGAGCUGGAUCUGAAUGUCCUGCAGGUGCUGUGGCUGAGGUCUCAUGCAGGGCUGGCUCCUACUGUGGGCCCCAGACUGGAGUCCCCCCUCUCUGUCCUGGGGGCUAUGCCUGCCCUGCCGGCUCCUCCACCUACUCUGGCCCCGGGCAGCUGUGAGUACCCUCCCCUGUCUGUGUGAGUCUGAGGCUCCCUCCAUGUCUCAGCCUCUGGGCUCUCCAGAUAGCAGUCAACUCCCUCAGCCUCCACAGGA